AUGUCUGGCGAUGUGUUCAGUGAACUUUCGGAUCAGUCUUUAACAGCUUUGCUGGAAUUUUAUGCCGAAGCCGAGCAGAGCAGGACCUUCGGUUUCGAGGAAGAUUGGCAACUGAGUCAAUUUUGGUACGAUGAUCGUACGGCUGAAAUACUUGCCAAAGAAUGUUUGCAGCAGUGCGUUGAUCAAAAGGGCGUCAUAGGAUGUAUUUGUUCACCGACAGUGUUCAUAAAAUUGAAAGAAACGUUUUGCUGUGAUUCAGUGAAAUUCAUUCUGUUCGAAUUCGACAGAAGAUUCGCAAAGUACGGCAGCGAAUUCGUUUUUUACGACUGCAACGGCUCUCUGGAUGAGCUCAGCAAUUUUCAAAACACCUGUGAUGUGGUCAUUGCCGAUCCACCUUUCCUGUCCAAAAAUUGUAUGCGAAAUAUUUUUCAGGCGAUCCAAUUGAUUACACGUGGAAAAUUCAUCAUUUGCACCGGAGUUGUGCUGGAAGAGUUUAUACUCGAACACGACAACGUGCAUCGAUGCGUGUUUGCACCGUCUCACAAGAACAAGCUUUGUAACGAAUUUCGAUGCUACGCCAAUUAUGUCACGUCAUAUCUCGAUUCCGAUGUGAGUGAAAAUGAGUGA